AAACAAAGCUACAUCCUGUUUCCACGGAAACACGAGGACCCGGAAGUCGUCCUGAUUCCGCGGGUCUUUUGGGACAACACAGCUCCUCUCAUCACAGUGUGCAGAAAUGGCGGCAAUAAACACCAUGGAGAAGAAACUGGCUGAAUACAAGUGUGACACCAACGAAGCUAUAUGCAUGAAGCUGGUUCGCUUUCCAGAGGAUGUUGAGGACGACAGCACUACAUUCCACCCUGAGUUCAGCCACCAGGUUUAUGGGGAUGACGAGGUCGCUUUUGGAUACAAAGGUCUUCAGAUACAGCUGUUCUACACGGCUGGAAACCUGAGCACCCUCUUCAAAGUGAAAUAUUCCUCAAAAGUCACCGAGACGUUCGAUUGUGUGGAGCCAGAUGACAUCGAAGGAAAGAUCCGGGAGAUCAUUCCCGCUGGGUUCACCUGCAACAGCGACGACUUCAUCUCACUGCUGGAGAAGGAGGCCAAUUUCCAGCCGUUCGGCACGCUGCUUCACACGUACACCGUCCACAGCGAGGACGCAGGGGAACUCACGUACCAGAUUCACAAGGUUGAUGUUAACUGCGCGGGAUUCCACGACUACCACAAGCGCCUGCAGACCUUCCUCAUGUGGUUCAUAGAGACUGCCAGCUUCAUCGACGCAGACGACGAUCGUUGGGACUUCUUUCUUGUAUUUGAAAAGUACAAUAAAGAUGGGGAGACUCUCUACGCGACUGUUGGCUACAUGACAGUUUAUAAUUACUACGUGUACCCAGACAAAACCCGACCACGUGUAAGCCAAAUGUUGAUCCUGCCUCCGUUCCAAGGAGAAGGUCACGGCGCUCAGCUUCUGGAGGCAGUGCACAGAUUUUACUGCAGCCUGCCCAAAGUGCAAGACAUCACAGCUGAAGACCCCUCUGAGAGCUACGUGAAGCUGAGAGACUAUGUGCUGGUGAAGCUUUGCCAAGGCCUGCCGUCCUUCACCGCGGACAAGCUGCCCCUCGGCUUCUCGGCGGACAUGGCCAAAGAAGCGCAGGACAAGUUGAAAAUUAACAAGAAACAUGCAAGGAGAGUGUAUGAAAUCCUGCGCCUGAGAGCCACAGACAUGAGUGAUGAAGACAAAGCAAGAGAGUACCGUUUGGAGGUGAAGAAGAGGCUAUUUGGACCAUACAGGAAGAAUCAGAGGGAGAUGGCUAAGAUGAAGAAGUGCCUGCGGCCGGAGGAGCUGUUGUCCCACGUGGAUCAGAUGGACACUCAGACGCAGCACGAGGAGCUGGAGAAAAGUUAUCAGGUUGUUGUGGAAGACUACAGGAGGAUCAUUGAGAGGAUUGCGACUCACGCAUGAUCAGACUCUGAGAUGCUGCUGGCCUGGAGGCCGCCCCUCUCAGACAAACAGGGGGUCUGCCCUGUCUGUACAAAGCCCCCAUCACCACAGACUUCAGCUGCAACCAAGAGGAAACUCUCUUGAUGUGACAAAGUCACUGUUUUAAUGAAAGAGUGUUAAAGAUGUUUUGUGGCUGAGUCAGGGGUAGAUUGCAGUGGAGACCUUUCUUUUUUCCACCUGGUGUUCAUACAGUAGUGGAGAAAGCUGCAGCUGGAGGGUUGAGACUUCCUGUCUGUCCCAUCAGUUUGAUCACAUUGUGUGAGAUUAAGGGAUAUGUCAUAUUUCACAGGUUAUAAGAGGUCUACAACCCUGCUUCUUCUCCAUCAUAGACAUUUUUUAAGAUCUUUUGUCAAAAACGAUUCCAAAUGUGUGUUUUGAAACACUUCAUACUGAAAAUAAAAAUACUGUUUUGUA